GCCUUACCGCGUCGUUGAGGGCUCUGCACGCAAGCACGCGCUGCCGAGAAGAACAAAGGGAGUAAAGCGGCGACGCCUUCCCCCUCGAGGCGGAGACGAAUAGCCCAGCGCAUCGCCGCGCCACUUCGUGGUCCAAUUGGCCGCGGCCGUCGCCGUCGAUCGUUGGAGGGGCGAGAGGGGAGGAGAGUGUUUCGCUUACCCCCCGUCCCCCCUAGGCGGAUGAGAUGCCGCUGCGCCGGAAGGUAAGGCCCGCGGGCGCGGCGGCGCGGCGGGCGGCGCUGCGGUGGUGGCUGCUCUCGCUCGCCGCCACGGGCGCCACCGUCACCGCCGCGGCCGCGCUGCUCGCCCUCGCCCUCCACCUCUCCGGCUCCCCGGCCGCCUCCUCCUCCUCCGGCGCGCCCUACCGCCUCUGGCAGCCGCGGGAGUCCGAGGAGCUGCGGUGGGAGCGGGAGGUCGCGCCGCCGCAGCUCGCGUCGCCGCAGUCGCGAAAGCUGGACGGCGCGGCGGAGAGGAGCCUGUGGCUGCCGGCGCCGUCGCGGCGGUUCGUGCCCUGCGUGGCGCCGUCGCCGGAGUUCAAAAGCCCGGUGGCGUCGAGGGGGUACCUGCUCGUACACACCAAUGGUGGCCUCAACCAGAUGCGCGCUGGGAUCAGUGAUAUGGUGGCAGUUGCGCGUAUACUUAAUGCUACACUCAUCAUUCCAGAGCUUGAUAAGAAAUCAUUUUGGCAUGACAGAAGCAACUUUUCAGAUGUAUUUGAUGAAGAACACUUCAUAAAUUCUUUAGCAAAUGAUGUGAAAGUUGAGAAGAAACUGCCUAAGGAGUUGGUGAAAGCUCCAAAGUCUGUUAGGUACUUCAAGAGUUGGUCUGGAGUAGAUUAUUACCAGGAUGAAAUUUCUCCACUGUGGGAUCAUCGCCAGGUCAUUCGAGCUGCUAAGUCAGAUUCUCGCCUCGCAAACAACUACCUUCCUACAGACAUUCAAAAGCUUCGAUGUAGGGCCUUUUUCCAAGCACUUAGAUUUGCUCCCCCAAUUGAAGCUUUAGGCAAGCUAUUGGUGGAGAGGAUGAGAUCAUUUGGACCAUAUAUCGCUUUGCAUCUACGCUAUGAAAAGGAUAUGCUUGCUUUUAGCGGUUGCACAUACGGUCUAUCUCAAACAGAAUCAGAAGAACUUGCAAUGAUCAGAGAAAACACAACCUACUGGAAGGUGAAAGACAUUGAUCCAUUAGAACAAAGAUCCCAUGGAUAUUGCCCCUUGACACCAAAGGAGGUUGGCAUGUUUCUUUCUGCCCUUGGAUAUCCAUCAAGCACCCCAGUGUACAUAGCCGCAGGAGAAAUAUAUGGAGGUGAAUCUCAUAUGGUUGAUUUGCAAUCACGCUUCCCGAUUCUGAUGAACAAGGAGAAACUUGCCUCAGCUGAGGAGCUACGUCCUUUUAGCCAAUAUGCGGCUCAAAUGGCAGCUCUGGAUUACAUUGUUUCGGUGGAAAGCGAUGUCUUUAUUCCAUCCUAUUCAGGGAACAUGGCACGGGCUGUUGCAGGUCAUCGCCGUUUUCUUGGUCACCGGAAGACAAUAAGUCCUGACAGGAAAGCAUUAGUUCGAUUGUUUGACAAAGUUGACAGUGGAUUACUGAAGGAAGGCAAGAAGCUAUCUGAAAGGAUACUAGACAUGCAUCGGAAAAGACAAGGCUCUCCGCGGAAACGAAAAGGUCCAGUCUCGGGAACAAAGGGCAAAGACAGGUUUCGGUCAGAAGAGGCAUUUUAUGAGAAUCCUCUUCCCGACUGCCUGUGUCAACCAGGGUCUCCAGACAGCGAUGAUUCUCUUGUCAGCAUCUAAGCCAUGGAGCCGAUCGUCCUUGCUGAUCCCGGUAGCCACUCCCGUGUAAAUAGAGCAAUUCAGAAACACAGAGGAAGAUGCACACUAAUAAUUCCAGCGAGCAAGGUGCACACUGAUCAGAGCUUCCGUGUCCCUAACUUCAUGCACCAACUAUUCGUUGGUGCGCCAUUGUCCAGCUGUGGCUGAAGUUCUGGCUGGUUGGGCUUGUUCAGAAGUCGACAGCUGGAGGUGGAAGCAGCUGUACAAGACUACAUAUGUAGCCAAAUUGCUGUAUAGGACUAUAGAGAAGUUUUGAGAAUCUUUAGAUAGGGAUAAUUAACUCAACUUCUUGUAAGUAGAUGGUAAUAAACAGAGAAAUAUAGAAUUACUGGAGCAGCUUGACAUCAACAUUCACUCAGAUAAAGUUUCAUCUUUCAUGUGCCUGUCUUCGUUUGUUAGAUGAACAGAUUUGACAUUUUAUACUGAGGCUGAGCCCACGUUAUUAUGAAUGCAGUUUUGGUUUCUGAA